CUCGGUGUUCUGCGAGGGCAUAUCGCCCGGCAGAACCCCCAAGCGAAAGCCUUGAUCGAGUCGGCUACUUCUAUGAUCCCCGAGGGGAAAGAGGGCGGAUUACAGCUUGAAAAUGAAGUUCUAGUAUUAUUCACUGGAUCUUUCCAUCACUAUGUGACGCCAAAAUUCUACACAGACACAAAACCCGCGACAGGCAAAGUGGUGCCGACGUGGAACUAUUCUGCCGUGCAAGCAUACGGAAAAGCAACAGUAUACUUUGAUCGUGGUGUCGAAUCUACGGAGUAUCUAUCUCGCCAGAUUAGCGAUCUCUCCCAGCAUGCCGAAUCCUCGCUCAUGGGAUAUACUGGAGGCGACGAGAAGCCAAGUCCCUGGAAAGUGUCCGACGCCCCCGCCCGUUACAUCGAAAUUAUGCAGAAGAAUAUCAUCGGCAUUAGGGUUGACAUCACCCGCCUUGGUGGGAAGUUUAAGAUGAGCCAGGAAAUGGGCGAGAAGGAUCGCGAGGGGGUCAUUGAAGGGUUCCGGAGCCUAGGAACGGAGGCUGGUACGGAGAUUGCCAACAUGGUGGCCGAGAGACAGGACUUAAUGAAAGCCAGAUAGGGACAUCAUUUGUCUUCAGGUGUACUGAGAUUGGAAUCUUGUUUCUAUUGCUGCUCCGUCAAACAUUUUAUAUUCCUUGACUUGUCAGCCCGGAAACCUCGCUACAGCAGGCCCUGCAGCAUGAUAUGUAUGCUCCUUACGCAGCAGCCCCAUGGAAUAAUCGGUCCGGGGUACGUGCCGCCAACAUCUCCACAG